AUGCCUGAAAUCACCGACGACACACCAGUUCACCUCACCGAGGUGGACGUCGACCUUGAUGUGCAAGAAAUCCUCCUUGCCGCAUCACAGCAUGAUAACGCCAAGCUUCGUACUCUACUCCGCAACCAAACCACCCUGCCAGACGCAGCAAACGUGAAAGACUCCGAGUCCGGCUUCACACCCCUCCACUCCGCAAUCGCCGCCUGCGAGCGCGACACAGAGUCCAAUGACACACAAAACGGUACCAGCAGCGAAGUCACAGAGUCAAACCCCAAGGGACUGGAUACCGAGACACUGAAGUCAGCAGUCCUGACCGUCAAGUUCCUGCUGCAGGAGGGCGCGAUCUGGAACGACCUCGACACAAACAACGAGACGCCUGGAUGUCUCGCUCGCCGAAUUGGAGCUCUCGAGCUCUACGACCUGAUUGUUGACGCGGGUGUGCGCGCAGAACUCUUGCUGAACCGUCUCGAUGCCUACGAAGAGCUAUCCGACGGCGACGAGGAAGAGGAGAAAGAAGAAGGCGAAGGCGAAGGCGAAGCUGCAACCGAGACCGAGACCGCGCCCGAGCUUGUUGACGCCUCUGCUGAAACUGCCGCAUCUACAGCCACACCCGCUAACCCAGACGUGAGCAACCCGCAAUAUCUAGAGUCGCAUCUGAACAUCCAGAACGACCGCAUUCUGGACGCAGACAAGAAUGGUGUGAUGAUGGAGUGGGAAAGUGAGAUUAUGCGCAAAUCUGCCAAAGCACUUCUCCCCACGCCGGGUCUGAAGGUCCUCAACAUUGGUCACGGAAUGGGUAUUGUCGAUGGGUUCUUCCAGGAGCAAGGGCCUGCGGCGCACCAUAUCAUCGAAGCCCACGAGGAUGUGAUUGCUGAGAUGAAGCGCCGCGGUUGGGACAGCAAGCCCGGUGUCGUGAUUCACCAGGGACGCUGGCAGGAUAUUCUUCCUGGUCUUGUGGCCGAGGGAGAACAGUUUGAUGCAAUUUACUACGACACAUUUGCUGAGUCCUACGGCGACUUCCGCGAGUUCUUCUCCGAGCAAGUCAUUGGCUUGCUUGAGCAGGAGGGCCGCUGGGGAUUCUUCAACGGCAUGGGUGCUGAUCGACAAAUUUCCUACGACGUUUACCAGAAGGUUGCGGAGAUGGAUCUGUUUGAGGCAGGAUUUGAUGUGCAAUGGGAGGAGAUUGCUGUUCCCAAGUUGGAGGGCGAGUGGGAGGGCGUGCGUCGGGCCUACUGGGUUGUAGAUGAUUACAGACUGCCGCUGUGCAAGUUCAUGGACUAA